GAAAGAGAAAGGAGGGAGGGAGGAAGGGAAGGAAAAAGGAGAGGAAGGAAGGACUAGGCACUAGACGCAGCUUCAGAGGAUAAUCCAGGGCUGGAAGGGACCUGGAGGUCAUCUAGUCCAACCCUGCUCCAGCAGGACAUUGUGAGUUUCUGUCUUUUGAUCCCCCAGUCACAUGGUUACAUAGCCAUGCCCACCCAGUCACAUGAUCCCCUCACUAAGCCACACCCAUCAAGCCAUACCCAUGGAACUGGUAGCAAAAAAAAUUAGAUUUCACCCCUGGGCAGGGCCAGUCAGAGGUGGUAUUUACCAGUUCUCCAAACUACUCAAAAUUUCUGCUAUCGGUUCUCCAGAACUGGUCAGAACCUGCUGAAACUCACUUCUGCUGUGAAUCCUGUCAACAUCACAGAGAACAUUGGGGGAAAAGCCCUGAAAGGAGAGAUAGGCAGAUUCUGUGACAGCUAUUCUGUCUGUUUUUUUUUAUUACUUUUUUUUUCUCCAGAUACAAUGGAUUACAACAUCCAUUUAUAGAAGUGCCAAUGAGAUGCAAAGCAAAGUGUUUCUGGGAAAUAUAUACAAUGAUGAUAACAAUAGCAACAAUAAUAAUUCAAAUCCUAAGCAGAAGUCAUUGGCAUAAAACUCUUUCCUCAAUUGGACUCAUGCUUCCAAGAUCCAAGUUCCCAGGAGACAGAGUGUGGUCAUGUCAUCAGCUGACUUCCUGUACCAAGAUAACUUUACUGAAUACUUUGAAGAUUAUGAGGAAGAUGAGCCACUUCAGGCCCAGGCCUACCUCAGUCAUGCUCGAAUUGCUUCUCUUGUGCUACAGAUGAUGGCUUUUCUCUUAGGAGUACCUGGCAAUGCAAUAGUUAUUUGGAUCAUGGGCUUCAAAUGGAAUAAGACAGUUACAUCCAUCUGGUUCCUCAACUUGGCAAUUGCAGACUUAAUCUUUGUUUUGUUCUUGCCCCUAUAUAUUGCAUAUAUCAUCAUGGGCUUCCACUGGCCUUUUGGGAAAUGGUUGUGCAAAGCAAAUGCUUUUAUUGCCUUGCUCAACAUGUUUGCCAGUGUCUUCUUCCUGACAGCAAUCAGCAUCGAUCGUUAUGUCCAUCUGAUCCACCCUGCCUUCUCCUAUAGGCAUCGGACACUUGGGAAUGCCUGUAUCCUGGUUUUACUCAUUUGGAUUUUGGCUACAGUUCUUGGAAGCCCAGCACUGUAUUUCAAAGACACACUUAUAUUACCCCAAAAUGUCACCAUAUGCUAUUACAACUUUCACCAUAAUUUGGAUAUUAUUUUAUUCAGACAUCACACACUUACAUGGAUAAAAUUCAUUUGUGGCUAUCUCUUUCCACUUUUAACUAUGAUUGUUUGUUAUUCCUUUCUGGUCAGCCAAGUUAAAAAAAGUACAGUGUUAACCUCCAGCAGGCUGUUCUGGACUAUUCUUGCGGUGGUAGUGGUUUUUUUUAUUUGCUGGACCCCAUAUCAAAUAUUUAGCAUUCUGGAACUGGCAGCUCAUCAUAACAUCUCUUUGCAUGAUUUGCUUGAAAAUGCCAUGCCUCUUUCGAUUGGCUUGGCCUUCAUUAAUAGUUGCCUGAAUCCUAUCCUUUAUGUCCUUCUCAGUAAGAAGCUCUCAUCCUGCUUUAGUGUGACAUUCUCAGAGUUGGUCAAACACACCCUGUGGGAAGUCAGCCGAUCUGCUACAGUGAGCGAUCACGGUCAGAAUUCCCUGAGUCUGCAGUUGACUGAAGUCCCAGUGAUAGAACACCCUCUGGAGGAAAUUUUGCAGUGACUGCAUUCCUCUAUGUAAAUUAAAUUCAGUUUAGCACCAGAUUAAUAUACAGUAUGGCUGGAUACAAAUAAGUAGACAAGCAUGGUAGAUAAGCUUUUUACAAAUUCUGUUAAAAUCUCUGAUUUCUGACAGAGCUCUGAGAACAUAUAUGACUCUUUUGAUUCCUGCCUCAACUCUAAUCAGUCAAAUAGGGAUGAACAUUAAUGCAGCUUAGAACAACGUAAAUGUACGACUGAAGGCCCCAACAUAUCGCUUGCGGGUAUGAUAACUCAAAGCUUCUGCAAUUAGACUUUUUCACUAAUUAUUCUUUAGGAGUUAUAGGGGAGUAAUUUCAGAUUGGAAAAGUAGAGCAAUAUAGAAUAAUCUUUGCUUUUCUAUUGGUUUCAACUUUGUGAACUUUUCUAGGGUGAGGCUAAAAAUGUUAGCAAGAGAAACACAUCAAGAAGAAAAGAGACAUUCUGUAUCAUAGUAUUGUCUUAUUUUUAUCAUUCCUCAAAAAUAAAAAAAGGUAUCAGUGGGGAAUUCAGGGCAGACUAAUAGUCCUGUUCUAUAUAUGUAUGAGAAAGUGUUAUGAUAAAUAUUGUCUCUUAUGCUAUCUAAAAUGCACAGUGUUACAAUAUUUAUAGUAAUAUGGUACAGUACUACAUCAUAGUACUAUACUAAUACAGUACUAUAUUUGCCAUGCUUGUAGUACGGAUGAAAAUGUACAAUGUAAGCACAAUUUGAUCUCUUCUUUUGUUACUGUUGUUGCUUGGAUAUAGGCAUUUACAUAUAUUAAAGCACUUUUCUGUUA